UCCAUGGAAAACCAGCUCUGGUAUGACAACCUGGGGUGCUGCAAUCAAUACCAAGAGAGUACCCAGGAUACGGAGGGCUUCCUACUCCUGCUGCUGGGCCUUGUCAUCCUUGUCAACAUUGGGAUCAACGUGGCGACUAUGAUGUGGCAUGGGCUCCAGAAUGCCUUAGACAAGGCCGUCUAUUGGAUUAAUCAGAAAAAUGAAAUCUCGCAGGCUUGUGAAAGUUCCCCCAAAUAUCCUCCAGCCAAGGCCCAAGACGUCCACAUCCACUGCACCCUGGACCCUGUAGAUGUGAAAAUGGCCCGGCCCACUUGCUGCUCCUCUUCCUCCUCCCAUCAUCUCCGCAACCGGAGCCGCAGCCCCUGCCACCCCCGCCGCCACAGUCGAAGCCGUGGCCGCCCCUGCAGCCACCAGCAGAGGCCAAAGAACCGCAGACGAUUCCCCUACAGCCGCUCAUUCUUCCGGAGGCCACAUCGCAGCCACAAGAUGUCACCGCUGUGGCCGAUGCCCUCCUUUGAUCAGCAGGACUUGGACUCCUACCUGGAGGAGGAGGAUGACCUUUCCUUCCCACAUCCCAAGUACCCGCAGGGGGGCUGGGGAGGGUUCUACCAGCGGAUGGGCCUGCCCUCCAACGUGGGGCUCUGGGGCCGCCAGGGUGGGAUCCUGGCCAGCCUGCCACCACCCUCUAUCUACCUGUCACCCGAGCUGCGCCGCAUGCCCAAGCGUGUGGAGGCCAAGUCCGAGCUAAGGCUGCAGUCCUUUGGGCCCCCCUGCUCACCAUCCGGCAUCUGGGGCACCGUGGAGGCUGACCAGUGGACCUCGUCUCCACCUCCUCCCCGACGGCUGCCCCCUAACCCCUCGUGGGUCCCUGGGGGGCACAGCACUUACCCCUCAAGGGGCCAGCUCCUGUAUGACUCCUGGGAUCAGCGGCGGCGUGGUCUGGAGGGUUCUGAGCCUGUAUCCGCUCUGGUGCCCCGGGGCUCCCGGCCCAAAGCCCCGGAGCACUGCUCCCCACAGGCCCACCGACGGAGCCUCCCCAGCCACGCUCACAGUCAACCCAACCGCAGCCCCUACCCCUCCACGGGACACUUGAACUGCUCCCGGGAUGCCCACGAGGUACGGCGCCGGGCGGCCGAAUGGGCCGAGACCCUGCCCCCUCGGCACCCUCUGACCACCUCUGCCUCCCUCACCCUGCUGGGCGAGGCCUCAUACCAGCGGGCCCCGGCCCCCAGUUCAGCCCUGCUCCUCCGCUGCUCCCAGCCCCUGCCCGACGUCCAGGCCACUGAGCACCCCCCACCCCCGUCCACCUUCAUGCCACUCAGCCGGAACCCAGGGGGCAAUGCCAGCUACCAGGUGUAUGACAGCCUGGAGCUGAAGCGGCAAGUGCAGGAGAGCAGAGCUCGGGCCAGCUCACUGCCACCUUCCACCUCGGCCUCCAGGCCCUCUCUGCACAGGAGCUGGGCAGGGAAAAUAAACUGA